CAUAAGCAGUCAGUCUUAUCACUACACCGUAAUAAGCAAUUGUACUAGUUCUCACUAUGUCACGUUCAUUUACAGAAUAUGAACCAACCAUUUGCUAUAACAAACCGGCUGCAUCGAUCGUUGCACCGGAAUGGUGCGAUACUAGGCGUUCGGCCGCCUUGAAUGGAUCCUUAGCAUUUGAGCUGGUAGUCCCUAGAAAAUCUGCCAAAACAUGGAAAAUGCUAUCGGGUGACUUAUGUCGAAUCACUCUAACUGAAGGUCCUCAGGUAGGAGACUUGAACUUGUGGAAUUUACACGAUCCCCGAGAGCACUUCUACUCGGGAAAAACUCGUCAACUUCAUGCCUCACACCUGAAGCCAUGCGAUCGUCUGUGGAGCUGCUUACCCCAUCUGCGUCCGAUGGCCACCUUUGUAGCAGAUUCACUGGCUGAGUACGGUGUUGAUAAGGAUGGCGGAGCGUUGCACGAUGUCAUCGGAACUAGGUGUGACGAUUACACGUACAAGUUGAUAACGGGACGCGAUCGAUUCGGCAGCUGCCACAGCUAUCUGCGAGAAGCCAUCCGGGAACAUGGCUUGGACGAGUCGUAUGUGCACGAUGUUUGGAAUAUUUUUAUGUGUACGGGAUUCACUAGGGAUACUCUACAAUAUUUUUGCAAACCAACCCCUGCUCGAAAAGGAGACUUCAUAGAGUUCGUGGCUGAUAUGGAUCUCUUGGUAGCGCUCAGUGCUUGCCCGCAAGGUGACGUUUCUAUUGUGGUGGGUGAAGAAGUUCCCGAUAGCAAAUGUUUCCCAUUAAAGGUGGCAGUAUACCGACCCAAAAUAAGAUGACGAAAUAAGAAAAAAAAACUAUUCAAUAGUGAUUGUAAUCUAACAUAAUUCGUUGGAAUAUCUCAAUAAAUUACAACUAUGCAACUGUUCAA